GAGAAGUCACUGUUGAAGGACAUUGAAAUCAUUCCUUAUUUUCUCAGAGCAGGAACUAACUCAAGACUGAGAAACUCUCAGGAACAUCGUUCAGGACAUUGAACAGGAUCAUCUCUGGCCCGGGAUCAGGUCCAUGAUGCUUCUGUUAAUUUUUGUUUUAGGGCUGCUGGACAGUCGCGCCCAUGGUUGGUCUCAAACCAAGAUCAUGGUGAACUCUGAUGUCCUGACGGGUACUGAUGUGAUUCUGGACUCUGGUUCUCCUCUUCAUCUGAGUUGUGAAGGUGAUGGACCAGUAACAUGGCUUCCACGACUGAAUAAACACAAACGCUACAUCUCCAAAGAAACGGGAAACAUCCGGAGUUUUCACGUGGAUAAAGCCACAGUGGAAUUUACAGGCACAUACACCUGUAGUUACAUCAGCGGAGAUAAAUCCAAUGAAUCUUCCUCUCUGCAUGUGUUUGUCAGGGAUCCACAGGUUCUGUUUGUGACUCCGAGCACACCUCUGAGUUACGUGCGGAAAGAAGGUGAAGAUCUGCUGUUACCGUGUCUACUGACCGACCCCAACGCCACAGACUUCACAUUUCGUAUGGAUAACAAUUCAGCUCUGCCUCAUGGCAUGAACAUCACCUUUGACCCCAGGAAGGGUGUUCUGAUUCGAAACAUUCACCCCGGAUAUAAUGCACAAUAUGUGUGCAGUGCGAGAGUAAGGGGAAUUGAAAAAGUGUCAAAUAGUUUCAAAAUUAACGUUGUACAAAAACUACGUUUUCCUCCGUAUGUUUUGGAAAGAAACAAGUAUGUCAAAUUGGUGGGAGAAAUACUUCAAAUCAGCUGUACUACAAAUAACCCAAACUUUAACUACAAUGUUACCUGGACGCACUCCUCAAGAAAGCUGCCUGAUGCUAAGGACAAAUCUGCGAUGUCAGGAAAUGGAAUUGCCAUUAUGAGCGUCCUCACCAUUCCAGAUGUCCGACUCUCUGAUUCAGGAAACAUCACCUGUACAGGGCAGAAUGAAGCCGGAGCCAACAGCUCCACCACUCAGCUGCUGGUUGUGGAUGAGCCCUACAUUCGACUGUCAGCGAAGCUUUCAUCUAAACUCACCCAUAACGGUCUGUCCAUUGAAGUCAGUGAUAGAGACGAUGUAGAUCUGAGGGUUCUGAUUGAAGCGUACCCCCCUCUGACAUCUCACUGGUGGGAGAUUCCAGUACCCCAUAAUGCAUCUCUCCUAGAGCAAAAGUUUUACAACUAUAACGACAGGUAUGAAGCCCUGCUGUUUCUCAAAAGACUGAACUUUCAGGAAAUGGGUCGCUACACGCUUCAUGUGCAGAACGGCAUGAGAAACGCCUCCAUUUCAUUUGAUAUUAAAAUGUAUACUCCUGUUGGCUCAGUGAAAGUGUCAGUCGAAUGCUUCAGUGGGGUGAGGUGGGCUUCCUGCUCCUCUGAGGGGGAUUCACUCUUCUUCAGCUGGACUCUGAAUGGACAACCACUACCACAAGAAAAUAAGACCACCAUUAAUCUGGAUGGGGAAACUUCUGGAAACCUCACCUGCAGCGUGAAGAACCACAUCAGUCAUGCAGAAAAGAGCAUCACUGUAAACUAUUGUACCGUCUCUCUGACGUUUGUGAUAGUGUGGACCUUACAGAUGAUAUUUCUUCUGCUUCUGUUAGGAGGCUUUCACAUCUACAUCAGAAAGCGCACCAGCACACAAACACCAGGAGAAGAAAAUCAAGAAGAUAUUGUUCUGUAUGAAAACUGAAACAAGAUUACAGAAAUACAUUAACAAACAGAAGGAGAUUUCAUCACUUAUAUGAGAAAUGAUUUUAUAAUAUCAAAGAUUUUCACAUUAAUGGAGUUUUAACCUCAAGCACCAGCCUUGGAUAUCCUGAUAUUAUUAUUGUGACUUCUUUUAAGUUCUUUAAAUGUACAGUAUUGCACGUUUGUGUCUACUUUAUCAGGUGGUUAAAAGGGAUAGUUCAGCCAAAAAUUAUAUUAAAUUCAUUAU